AUGGCGCCGUCCAGGCACGCGGAGGAGGGCGGGCAGCUCCAGCUCAUGGACGCCGACAGGGUCGAGGACGAGGAGGAGUGCUUCGAGUCCAUCGACAAGCUGAUUUCUCAGGGGAUAAAUGCAGGAGACGUGAAGAAGCUGCAGGAUGCAGGGAUUUACACUUGCAAUGGCCUAAUGAUGCAUACUAAGAAGAACCUUACAGGAAUCAAAGGUUUAUCUGAAGCAAAAGUUGAUAAGAUCUGCGAGGCUGCUGAAAAACUUCUGUCUGAUCCUUUAAGUUGCUUUUGCAUACUAAACUUCCAUGCAACCAGUUAUAACCAGGGCUUCAUGACAGGAACUGAUCUCCUUCUUAAGCGGAAGUCUGUUGUUCGGAUUACAACUGGGAGCCAGGCACUUGAUGAGCUUCUUGGCGGAGGGAUUGAAACACUUUGCAUCACAGAGGCAUUUGGGGAGUUCCGGUCAGGGAAGACCCAGUUGGCUCAUACUCUAUGUGUCUCCACUCAGCUUCCAAUCCACAUGCAUGGGGGGAAUGGGAAGGUUGCCUACAUUGACACUGAGGGAACAUUCCGACCUGAACGCAUUGUGCCAAUUGCUGAGAGAUUUGGGAUGGAUGCCAAUGCUGUUCUCGACAAUAUCAUAUAUGCUCGUGCAUACACCUAUGAGCACCAGUACAACUUGCUCCUGGGCCUUGCUGCCAAGAUGGCUGAAGAACCUUUCAGGCUUCUGAUUGUGGAUUCUGUGAUUGCACUAUUUCGUGUUGAUUUCAGUGGCAGGGGUGAACUUGCAGAGCGUCAGCAAAAGCUAGCACAGAUGCUGUCCCGACUUACCAAGAUUGCUGAGGAGUUCAAUGUUGCAGUGUACAUCACCAACCAAGUGAUUGCUGAUCCAGGUGGUGGUAUGUUCAUAACCGAUCCAAAGAAACCAGCAGGCGGCCAUGUGUUGGCGCAUGCUGCCACCAUCAGAUUGAUGCUGAGGAAAGGCAAAGGCGAACAACGUGUCUGCAAGAUCUUCGAUGCACCUAACCUUCCUGAAGGAGAAGCUAUAUCCUUUUGCUUUGAUAGUCCAUGUUUACUGCUUGUGCUAAUGAUCACCUUACUUUCACAGCUCGAUAAAAUCUAG